AGAGUUUUUUCUUCCUACAGUAAAUACGGAGCAGGGCGAGAAGAACAUGAGCUGGUGCUGAGAAUAAUAUCUUUUUACAUCAGUGUGUCAGUUUAACUAUAUUUAACCAUGCCGAUGAAAGGAAGUUUCCCCAUACGGAGGACAUUAGAAUAUCUACAGAAAGGAGAGGUGGUGUUCAAAAACACGGUGAAAAUCAUGACCGUGAAUUACAACACGUGUGGAGAAUUGAGUGAAGGCGCAAGAAAAUUUGUGUUCUUCUCCGUGCCACAAAUCCAGUACAAAAAUCCUUGGGUGCAAAUAAUGAUGUUCAAAAAUAUGACCCCUUCACCUUUUCUCCGAUUUUACCUGGAAGAUGGAGAGCAGGUAUUGGUGGAUGUAGAAGGAAAAGACUAUAAAGAAAUAACCCAGCAUGCCAAGAAGAUCCUGGGCAAAUCAGAUAAAGUUUUGCAAGCAGAGGCAUUAGCCAAGAUGGAGUCCUCAAACCCUGCAAACUUCGGGCCCAAAAAAUACUUCUUGCGUGAGUGUAUAAGUGAAGUGGAAGGUCAGGUUCCUCACCCAGGACUCGUGCCCUUGCCAAAAGAGAUGACUGGCAAAUACAGAACCAAAAUGGCAGCAAGCUCUGAGGACUAACUCAAGCCACAGGAAAAGUUGAGGAUUUUAUCAUCUUUCCAUCCACACACAGAUCUUCUGCCUAAACGGACUGCAUCAGUAUGUGUGUCAAUUCUUUUGCUGUACUGUGGAAUUAACAGUUAAGAGCUGUAGUGUAUAUUUCAAUUGUAAAUUCUUGGAUUACUACUUGGUCUUCACGAAGACUUGGUGAUGAAUGAAUGACACCACAGUAAAGAUUCGUUUUGACCUUA